GCUUAUGUUGUUCUUUGCGUUGCCCCCUCAUCAUAAUACUUAAGACUCAGAUCUUAAGGGGCAGAAGGGUGGGUGUUGAUAAAGGGGGCUAAAAAUGGCUUUGAAGCCACUGGAAUGGUAUUGUCAGCCAGUGAAGAAUGGGGUAUGGUCAAAGGCUGUGGAGAAUGCUUUCGGAGCUUAUACCCCGUGUGCGACGGACUCUUUAGUGAUAUCUGUUUCUCAUCUUGUGAUUUUGGUACUAUGCCUGUACCGGAUAUGGAGGACAACAAAGGAUUUCACAGUCCAGAGAUUUUGUCUCAAGUCUAAAUACUAUAACUAUGUGCUGGGUUUGCUGGCGGCUUAUUGCACGUGUGAGCCCUUAUAUAGAUUGAUCAUGGGAAUCUCAAUAUUGAAUGUCGAUGGAGAGCACGGUAUUGCUCCGUACGAGAUGACUUCCUUAAUCGUUGAAGCUCUUGCAUGGUUCUCUAUGGUGGUGAUGAUUGGGCUAGAAACAAAAAUCUACAUCCGAGAGCUUAGGUGGUCUGUUAGGUUUGGAGUAAUUUAUGCCUUAGUAGGGGAUGCUGUGAUGUACAACCUCAUAAUUUCUGUUGAAGAAUUUUACCAGAGGUCUGUACUGUAUUUGUAUGCUAGUGAGAUUGCGGUCCAGGCAUUGUUUGGAGUGCUCUUGCUCUUUUAUGCCCCUGAUUUGGAUCCUUAUCCGGGUUAUUCUCCAUUGCAAACGGAAUCUAUUGAUAACACUGCAUAUGAAGAACUUCCUGAAGCAGAGCAGAUUUGUCCUGAGAGGCAUACCAACAUAUUGUCCAAAAUAACUUUUGCAUGGAUGAACCCUCUUAUGCAACUUGGUUAUAAGCGACCACUGACAGAAAGGGAUGUCUGGAAACUAGAUACAUGGGACAGGACAGAAACACUUUACGAUCAGUUUCAAAAAUGUUGGGCUGAAGAAUCUCGAAAGCCUCGACCAUGGCUUUUGAGAGCAUUAAAUCGUAGCCUUGGGGGGAGGUUUUGGUGGGGAGGGUUCUGGAAGGUUUUCAAUGAUCUCUCCCAGUUUGUUGGGCCACUUGUUCUGAACCAACUUUUACAGUCAAUGCAACGAGGAGAUCCAGCUUGGAUAGGCUACAUCUAUGCAGUUGCAAUUUUCCUUGGAGUGGUAAUUGGUGUUCUGUGUGAAGCUCAAUAUUUUCAGAAUGUCAUGCGUGUUGGUUAUCGUCUGCGUUCAACUCUGGUUGCUGCAGUUUUUCGUAAGUCCCUGAGGCUAACCCAUGAGAGUCGAAAAAAAUUUGCAACUGGAAAGAUAACCAACUUAAUGACAACUGAUGCUGAAUCUCUUCAGCAAGUAUGCCAAUCUCUCCACACUUUAUGGUCAGCUCCUUUUCGGAUAGUUACUUCCUUGGUGCUUCUAUAUGCACAAUUGGGGGUCGCUUCCCUGCUUGGAGCUCUCAUGCUUGCUCUCAUGUUCCCCAUUCAGACUUUGGUCAUAAGUAAGAUGCAGAAAAUGACUCAAGAAGGACUACAACGGACAGAUAAGAGAAUUGGGCUCAUGAAUGAAAUACUUGCUGCAAUGGAUACGGUCAAAUGCUAUGCAUGGGAGGAUAGUUUCCGAUCAAAGGUUCAGGGAGUUCGGGAUGAGGAACUGCAUUGGUUUCGUCAGGCACAGAUGCUAGGAGCAUUGAACAUGUUCACUUUAAACAGUAUUCCAGUUCUUGUGAUCGUGUUAUCAUUCGGGAUGUUUACUUUACUUGGAGGGGAUCUAACACCGGCAAGGGCAUUUACAUCUCUCUCCUUGUUUGCAGUGCUGCGAUUUCCGUUGUUCAUGCUGCCUAAUGUUAUAACACAGGUAGUUAAUGCAAAUGUAUCCUUGAAACGCUUGGAGGAGCUUCUCUUGGCUGAAGAUAGAGUUUUGCUCCCCAACCCACCAAUUGAGCCCGGACUUCCAGCCAUCUCUAUCAAGAACGGUAGUUUUUCAUGGGAAUCAAUGGCGGAGAAACCAACGUUAUCCAAUAUAAAUUUGGACAUUCCAAUUGGUAGCUUAGUGGCAGUUGUUGGGGGCACUGGAGAGGGAAAGACGUCCCUCAUCUCAGCAAUGCUUGGGGAGCUUCCUGUGGUUUCAGAUGCAAGCGUCCUCAUCAGAGGAACAGUUGCUUACGUACCACAAAUGUCUUGGAUUUUUAACGCAACAGUGCGUGAAAACAUACUUUUUGGCUCCCGAUUUGAACCUUCAAGAUAUGGAAGGGCAAUCAAUGUGACUGCAUUACAACAUGACCUUGAAUUGCUUUCUGGCGGUGAUCUUACUGAAAUUGGGGAAAGGGGAGUCAACAUCAGUGGAGGGCAGAAGCAAAGAGUAUCCAUGGCUAGAGCUGUUUAUUCUAAUUCUGAUGUUUACAUAUUUGAUGAUCCUUUAAGUGCACUCGAUGCUGAUGUGGGCCGUCAG